GGGGGGGGGAGAGAGAAAUGGGGAGUGAAAUCUACGCAGAGACACAGACGUAGACGCACUUGUACAACAUGCACACACUCACAAGCACACAGACACACACACGCAUACGCACCGGCUACUAUAAUCUCAACUAGACUCUAUAAUACACUCGAAAUAAUUCAGAAAUUUGAAGAGUUAAUAGUCUUAAAAUAGAGAGAAGAUAAGAAAGAAAGAAAAAAAAAAAAAAAACGAAAGGACAUUGAACAUUGAAUAUCUUCAAUGAUUUUUGUUUAAACUGGACAAAAUACUACGAGAAAUUUUGAAUAUAUAUACGUAUAAAUAUUAUCCAAGGGAUCUGUAAUGUCAAAGGAUAAUGUAUCAGAAUUAAUUCAAAAGAAUUCUUCGUCUAAUCGAAACCCACCUUCUGAGGAUCAUCAACGUAAACACCAACAACACCAAGAACAACAACACCAACAGCAAAACCAACAAAAUUUUGGAUUAACUCAUUUCACUACAAUGACAAACAAAAAAUUCUUAUUUCGAAGUCAUAGAACACUGAGUACAUGUCUGCCAGAUGAAAUGUUAUCAAAUUCUUUAAAUGCUACACAUAAUUCCUUGGAUAUACACUGUUCAAAUGAUGUCAGUCAUAUAAAAUCCGGCAAACCUCGUGUUCUAAUGUCACAAUCAUCAUUUGAAUUGAUUACAGAUAAAAGUAUUCAUGAUGUUGAUGAUGAGGUAGACUGCAAGAAAAAAGACGAAAUUCAUUGGAAUUAUCCUUCUUCUUCUUCAUAUUGUAGUGGAAAUACUAAUGUUACUAGCCCUAUUAAUACAUCAGAAUGUAUAUCAUCACCUAGUGAUUAUAAUUCGAGUACAAGUAGUAGGAAUAUUCUAAGACGUCAACAGCAACAGUGUACAGCUGAAACAUCAUCUCUUCCACAUACCUCAUCAUCAAUAUCGAAUGAAAAUACUGCAGGUCAGUAUGUAUCUUCAAAUAGUCUAAAAAAGUGGAAGACAUUGAAAACUGAACAUGUGAAAGAUCAACAGUCGUCAGACUCAGUCAGUCAAACUGUACAUAAACCAACCAAUAAUAAUGAUUCAUCAGCAGCAGUUACUCACACUGGUCAGUUUAGUCGACCGGGAUUUCUACGUCAUCCGUUACGCAAAGCUAUGAGUUAUGUGAAACCACAGCCUGAACCAUCUGUUUCAGUUAAGUCAACUACAAGAAGACUACAACACACCUUGACAAUUGAAAGACCAGAUGAUCGUAAAUUCAAAUCGAUGAGUAGUAAGAAUUCAAAUCGUAGUUCACUUCGUGCUAGUGCUAAUCAGUCAGAUUUUUCAAAUAAGGCAUCAUCCGCUCAAAGUCCAGAUUAUCAGCAUUCAUACGAUUAUUCCGAUCGAUCAUUAUUUCCUGAAGUAUACAGUGGAGAUUCUUCUGACCUGACUACUCCUUCAAAACAAACUGUGAAAUAUGAUUUAGACAGAAAAGCGAAACAGAAAGAUGUCCGUCAUCUGAAUGAUUUAUUAGCUAACUUCUUGUCGAAAUCAUUUUCCAAUGCAUUUAAACGACCAGUUGGAAAGUCAAAAAGUGCCUCACCAACAACUGAUACUGAUAAUACUACCAAUAGUAAUAAUAAUAACAAUAAUAAGUGCAAUGAUUCCUUUAAAUUUGAUACUCGUGAAGUAGAAGGUUGUCAAGAGAACCUUGUGGUGAACGAACAUAUACCAACAAGAAGUCAACUUCAUCAAUGGGAACAAUCAUUUGACAAACUACUAGCUGAUACAGAUGGUUUAACGCAAUUUCAUCAAUUUUUAAAAUCAGAAUACAGUGAAGAAAAUAUUGAGUUUUGGGUGAUUUGUGAAUUGUAUAAGCAUUUACCAGCAUCACUGUUAAGCGAAGAAUCCCAAAAGAUCUACAAACUUUAUCUAGCUCCUCAUUCACCUCGUGAAGUGAAUUUAGAUUCUGAAACACGUAAUCGAACAAUUUCCGGCUUAUCGAAUCCAACGAAUGAAUCAUUUGUAAUAGCUCAACAAACAAUUCAAGGUUUAAUGAAUAAAGACUCCUAUCAAAGAUUUCUACGAUCUUCAUUCUAUUUUGAUUUGAAACAGUUAGUAUGGGAUACACAUUCAUCUGGUGAUCUGUUAACAGUUGAUGAAUCAUUCAGCAGUAGUAUAAAGACGGAGAGUGACAGUGACAUUACUAAAUCGAAUUAUGAAAUGGAACAUCCUACUUCUAUAGCAAUAAAUCCAAACAGUGAGUGUUGUUCAUACUCAGAAGAGGGCAGAAUUAAGGAUAUUCCGAUAUCUCUUCCAUCAUCAGAUAUUGUCAUUGAAUCACCUGAAGAACCUUCAAUAUCGAAUGGAACAGAUCUGGAAUGUUGCCAACAAAACACUGUAUUAUCCUCCCCUGAACUUGAUCAAUCUCUCUCCUGUCCACCAACAGCUUCAUACGAGAAACAUUUAGAAAAAUACAACUAUGAUGAUGAUGAUGAUGAUGAUUUAAUCCAUGAUCCCUCAGUUGAACCCAAAUCUCCUAUUUCACCGAACGAUGAACAUUCAGUACAAGAAAUUCCAAGUUCUGUUUCAACUGAAGCAGCUCCACAUUCUCCAGAACUUUCAUCGACUAGUGGUGCGUCAUUAUUAAUUGGUCAAGAGGAUAAUUAUAAAUUAAAACAAAAUAUUAGUACAGAUAUUUAAACGCUGAACAUCAUCCUCAUCGGUAUCGUCAUCCUCAUCAUCUCCAGUAACUGUAACCAAGAGAGGCAGUAAGAGAUAAGUAAAAAACGAAAAAGUUGGUUGGUUUUUGCUCCCAUACACUGUGAUAUUAUGCACAUAUAUAUAAAAUAUAUUUUGUAAAACAAUCGAUCAAUAUAAUUUUGAAUUCAGUCUAUAGUCUAUAGUUGGUAUUGUCUUUAACAAGAGGGAUAUCGUCACCUUUCUUUGCACACACUGUAAUGCUUAUUCAUGUCAGUCACCUGAGACAAACACACACACAUACAAACACACAAACACACACACACAAAAGCAAAUAUGAC